AUGGCUCUUAACCUGACCGUGAAAGUUCAUCCUGUUGUUUUGUUUCAAAUUGUUGACGCAUACGAGCGUCGGAAAGCGGAGUCUCAUCGUGUAAUUGGCACGUUACUAGGUACUGCGGAGAAAGGAAUGGUUGAAGUUACGAACUGUUUCUGCGUGCCACACAAAGAGUCCGAAAGCCAAGUCGAAGCUGAUUUAACAUACGGGAUCGAUUUGUACGAAUUGAAUCAUAGGGUCAAUGCCCAGGAAAACAUUGUCGGAUGGUGGGCCACUGGAAACGAGGUAUUUACAUCAAAAAUUAUAUGGGAAGUUGCAUAUAAUUGCAUUAAAAAAUUUACAUUAAAAAUUACAUGUUCGGUUACUACUCACUCCUCCGUCAUUCACGAAUAUUAUGUCCGUGAAUGUAAUAAUCCUGUUCAUUUAACUGUCGACACAACACUAGCAAAUACUACUAGAAUGGGAAUUAAAGCCUAUGUCUGUGUUCCGUUAGGAGUACCUAAUGGAAAGCAAGGUUCCAUGUUUACACCGGUUAAAGUACAAAUUACAUGUUACGAGCCAGAAAUUGUUGGGCUACAGCUUUGUUCGAAAACUCAAUUACCAGCGCAUGCUCAAAUAACUGGUGUUAAAACAGGAGGUGGCAUAGAACCAAUGAUGGACCUUUCUCAAAUAGCGGAAGCUAGCGCGAAACUUUCAUCCAUGUUGGAACAAGUACUUGCAUAUGUUGAUGAUGUAUUAACUGGAAAGCAACCACCAGAUAAUCAGGUUGGUCGCGCUCUCCUAGAUAUGGUACAUUCGGUACCAAAAAUGUCGAGCGAUCAGUUUGACGAAAUGUUCAACAGCAAUGUAAAAGAUCUGUUAAUGGUUGUCGCGCUUUCGCAGUUGAUAAAAACACAACUUCAACUUAACGAAAAACUUACAUUACUCACAACACUGUAA